AUCACCCAGCACCUGUCCUAAGUGGACAGGAAUUAAAGACACCAGGGCAGCAUGGAUUUUGGGGUUUUUCGGGUUUCGGCAAAAAUAAGGAUGGCAAGGCGCUCAAGUCCGCAGGCACAAAAAUAAGGAUGGCAAGGCGUUCAAGUCCGCAGGCACAAGCAUGAUUCAAAAAAGGCAUGAGGAUAACACGAGGCAACAGCAACAGCCCCAACUUCUCACACCAUGGCCAGCAGUAGGGGAAAAAGCGAGCAUCAAACCUUCUGGAGGAGACAUAUAAUGGAACGAAAUGGGCACACAGGCGGAGAACGCAACACAUCCACAACACGUGACGAGGGUUCACACCAAGGAGGACGAGUUGGGCCAGCAGGUCACAGGUCUAGAAGAAGCACGCCCACACACGACUGAUUGCGAACAAGUCAUACCACGAUGAAGUCAGAGAUAGGCUGAAGGGCGAGCACCAUGGCGGAAGCGUACAGUAGACACGGCGGCAACGCUACAAGGACCACAACCACACACAAACGGCCGGGGAGGCAAACACACUCCGUCCAACGAAGUCAAAUGGAUGGCUGCGAAAGACUACAAAGUACACCACCAUUCGCCAAAACGUUUGUACUGACCAUCACAAGCCAAUCGGGCCACGAGGAAUUCCACCACAAUGGGCAAGCGCAGUUAUGGCUACGGAAGUUCACACACGGAACAUGAUCGAAAAGAGGACGCUGCUAUACCACCAAACCAAGCACUUCGACCAUCAAAUGGCACAUCGAAUGCAAAGCCGAGCAAGGGGACAUGGCGGCGUGGAUGCCAACUACAGGAAAACACACGAACGAAGCACAUAUCGACGCUCGACAUACUGAUUGAAGGUUUGGCAGCGCACCGACAAGAAGGGAGGGCUAGGAGAAAAACAUCCCAAGCAAGGAGAUUGCUGUACAUACUAAAGGUUUGCGAUCCAUUGCAACGCUCACGACGGUGGUCAAAGUACAAAUGUACUAGGGUAACAACAUCCCGUGCCAAAAUAGUGUGCAAGUGUACAUACUAGGAAUCGAAGGCUGCCAAAACGCAAGAGCGUAAAAGAGGACUAGGAGAAAGGCCAACGACCAAUGGUGUAUAUGUACAUACUAGUAUUCAUGGCUUGGAUAUCGCUUGGGCCAAUCGGAUCGAAAAUAUUGGCUACAAGCACAUCCACCCACACAACAAGAAACGGACAGAAUCGACGUACAGCACGCAACGUCCAAAGGUACUUCCAAAUGCAAACGGAAAUCCCAGCAAAACCAGUCGCUCAAAACUCCACUGGUCGACGAAGGUGCUUCAGAAGAUAGGCAGCGCGCCGAAUGGGGACAUAAAGAACACACACGUUCGGGUGAGUUCAACGGCAGACGUACGCUGCGCAAUGGACCGGCGGCAUCCUAAGUGCGUGGAAGAAGGGUGGGCGUUGCACGGCAAAUCGAAGAAUGAGAC